CAGACAACCACACAGCCUUUCUUUACUCUUCACUGCAAAGAUCCGCGAUCGCACUUGGAUUAUAACUAUGACUCUGGAAGAGAUCCGCGGACAAGAGAACAACAUGGAACACGUAGACAGGGUGCAGAGUGCAGGCGCAGCGCUGGAGGAGCUGCUGCUCGCUGCGAACAAACACGACUACCUCACUGUGGGAGUCUACGAGUCCGCUAAAGUCAUGAAUGUGUAAGUAUUGCAAUGCAUCAUAUGAGACCCAGACAGCGUGGCGUUCUGCGUCCUCGCCACCGACGACGAGUACGAGUGUGACAUCGCUCUGCAGAUCCACUUCACCCUCAUCCGCUUCUGCUUCGACAACGACAUCAACGUGGUGCGCGUCAACGACAUCGAGCGCCUGGCAGACCUCGUGAGCGCAGACGAGCCCGGCGAGCCCAAGGACGCGCAUUGCAUUCUGGUCACGAGCCCCAGUGCCAACCCGUGGAAAGAUCCCGCUCUGGACAAGCUGGGUCUGUUCUGUGAGGAGAGCCGCAGCGUGUACGACUGGGUGCCCACCAUCACGCUCCCAGAGCGCUGAAACGACAUGCCACUAACAAUGCUUCACAUGAUGAAGAUGAUGAAAAGAAAGUGAAGAAGCUGAGCCUCAGUUUGGGGGGGGCAUCAAGCCUUUCUGCCUCACGUAUCUGGAUUAAGAGGCUGCGGCUGUGUAACCCCCUCCUGCAAGAGCACAACCUUACAGUGCAUUCUGGGUCAGCACGUUGGUUCUGGAAUACCCCGAGGACGGGUUCAAGUUCAGAGGUCAAGUGUGGACUGGGUCGGGUGAAUGUGGAGUGGACAGAAAGCCUGAUGGACACUGAGAAGGAGUUGGACUGUACUGCAGAGUGCAUGAAGAGAAGAGAAGUGGCGGCCCUGUUGAUGCCCUACAUAAAAAGGCAUUGGGGAACCGAGCGGAGAAGGUCACAGAGACUUUGCAAGAAAUGGACUUGUGAAAGUGCAGAAGCUGGACUGGAUCUCAUUAGAGGGGAAUGAGGAAGACUCCGGAAGAGGGUGUCUGAAAAUGUCUAAAUGGACUAUACUUUUCUUUUCCAGCGCAGGCGAUCAGGAAUUUCUUGGAAUAAGCAGACUUUGCUUGCAAAUCCUGAUUUGAGCUGUGUCUGAACCUCUCACGGACUAUUAUUUUUACUUUCAAAUGUGCAGACAAAUAUGCAAUAUUGUUUGAAUUGUACUCAUUUAUUUUUUUAAUGUUUUGUGAAUAAACAUUUGAAACUCA